AUGAUGCUGUCGAGAUCUAGAAUCCCAACCACUCUUCUCCUGCUGACUCUCGCACUUUCGACACAAUUCCUUAAUGUUACUGCCGCACCUUCUCGUUUUUCUCGUCGCCAAACGUCUGAACCAUCAGAGCUGCAGUCCAGGGAGUUGGUAGCACGGUCGAACACUGCGAGCCCAUGCUCAAUGUUGGAUCUCGAUGACGCCGAGUCGCUUCCUGGUUGGCAUCAAGUCAUCCAACAUGCUCGUUCAACGUGGGGCGAAGGCGACUGGACUAUCACAAUUAACCCUCCCGGCUACAAAGAUAAAUCCGCUACUAUGUGUGUUGCCGAUCCGGUGGAAGUCGUUGCAACCGGCGAACCACAGUGCAACAACACAAGAGUGGACAUUCCGCCUGAGAAAAACUCGAACAACAUCAACGUUGACGAGGGCUACCUCAACAUCGGAAAUUGGAACAUCACUAAUGUUACCUCUGCUGCACAUGCCGAUUUUUUCUCGGGCAACUUCCAGAUGCCCAACAUCACCUUCAAGAACGACCGGGAGCUCUUUUCUCUGAAGACCGUUGGGAAGUUCAUCAACGCUCCGGAUAACAGCUUUGUCACCACUGCAACAAAUGUGACAAUCAAGAAGACUGACCUGACGCCUGUGCCGGACAAGAAGUGCAUCGGAACUAUCCUCAACCAACAUUGCAUCAUCCCAGCUCGAGGACGGAUACAGCUAGUAGCUACCGGUUAUAUUUGGUUCAACUACGAGACCAGGAGGGCGCCUCUGGCGAAUCCCAAUGGGGGCAAGCACAAGAGGUACACCGUCAAGAUUGAGGAUGUCCUGAAGAACGCCACCGACCGCUCUGCGUGGAUAGACUUCAACGGGUUCAUGAACACGACGAUGCGGUAUGAUUACUUCGAUGAAUGCCGGUGGAACUUCAAGCUAUGA